AGUUAAUCAGUUAUCAAGCGGCCGGCGCUCGUCGAGGCGACGACGACGCCGUGAUCGCGGAUACCGCAGCUCUCGAUUAUCGACCACGGAUGCACGCCCGCCAUGGUCAAGGCGCAGCCGCGGCCCAGGCGCGGCCGCCGCGAUCAAAGCUGUCCGACUUCUUCCACCUCUGGGUCGACAACAUCCGGCUGCUCUACUGGGGCAACUUAGACGUAGGCGUGCAAAUUCCCGAGGCGAUGGGCAAUUUGCAAAGCGACGGCAAGAAGAAGCAGAAGAAGCGAGACAUUGCACCGGUGCCGACGUCCGCGUCCACGGGGGAGCUCGAGACUGUCGAGGACCAGAGUAAGGAUAAGCGGGACCAACCACCCAAGAGUCCCGAUGGGUGCGACGAGCCGCGCGAACCGAUCAAGAUCAGCUUCGAGAAGGUGCAGACACCGGGUCACACCAAGAGGCAGGCACCGCAGCCACCGAGAAUCGUGUUACCCAAGGACACGCAGAAAAGCGUAGAGCCCGAAUGUCGCAAGGAUACCGCAAUAACGUCGAAACCAUGCGUAACAACGACGGAGUCUUCCCGCCCAAGUGUCACGACGCCGACAACGCCGACGACGACGACGACGACGAUGACAACACCGCAGACUCCGACGACCCAGCUACCACCAUUGUUAGUAACCGAUUCCUGGCGCUUGGCAAACAAGGGUCUAGUUGUUACGGAAAUGCCGACACCGCCCAGCCAGGAUUCCUCGAGCGACAGUGUCUUCACCGAUCCUGGGGAGCUCACCACGAGUCCGAUUAUAUCCACCGAGGCGCAAGUGAUGAAAUUGGGCCUUGAGUCGACCCCAAGGAAGUCGAUCGACAGCAAGGAGGAGAAGAAGAUUCCGUUUGCGAUCUCGAGAUACAAGAAGAUCAAUUUGUCGGUGAUGAGUCCCCGAAUAAGUGUGACGUCGAGCGAGAAGAGCACGACUCCAGAAAUUAAUGUCAGCACGCUACAGAGACGACACAGUGUCUGCGAAUCAUCGAUAAACGAAAGUACGGUGUUGAGAAGAGUGGCCAGCUUGACCCUGGAUCGUAAUAGCGCCAAGAAGAAGAAAAGUCGCAAGAAUAUUAUUCAGAAGACGGAUUAUAAACAAUUUAAAGAACAAGACCUACCAACUUCUAAGAUCUCCGCGUUACCAGGCAAAAGUGUGAAGAAAACGACCGUGACAGAUCGGACAGACACCUGCGUGCAGGCGGAUGAAUUUCUCUCAGCUCCAAGUAAAUCGAUCCAAACAUACGGUGAACAUUCCAUGCCUGAAGAUAUACAUGGAUACGAGGAAGAGGUGAAGAAACUGAGAGAUGAGAUCAAACGACUGCGCGAGAUAUCUAUAAACCGACAGACAAGUAGUAAAGGCCAGUCUACUCAAACAUCACCGAGAAGCUCGUCACCUCUCGAUGGAAGUGCCGAAGAAACAAACAACUUCGGCAGAGACUCAUCGAUCAGAAAUGAUCUCGUUACAGAUCCUGAGGAAAUCAAGAUGACACGCGCGUUUUCGCCCGCAUCAAUCGACAAGGUCGCGAAUCCAUCGUUCUUAUCGUAUCAGAUAAACGUGUCAAACGAAGACUAUGCGACACCAUCACCACCUCCACCCCUACCGGAGUCAUUCUCCAAGAGCAGAGCUACAUCUAUCUCAACAACGUCGUUGCAGUCCUUCAUCCCACCACCUCCGCCGCCGCCUUCUCCAUACGUCCUCGCGGCGAGCACCGAAUCGGCGCGAGCUAGCGAAAGAACGGUUUCGUCAUCGGUGACGAAACUGACGGAUAUUUCGAGGAUACCAUCACCGCCACCUCCGCCGAUGCCAACGCAAAGUAUCAUGAGUACAUUUCCACCCGCGCCACCACCGCCGCCUCCGCCACCGCCUACGCCGAUGUCGAGUACGACGAGCACGAUACCUCCUCCUCCGCCACCGCCUGUGCAAAGUAUCAUAAAUUCGAUACCUCCGCCGUCACCUCUGCAAAACGCGGUGCCACCACCACCACCUCCACCCGCGCCUCCGUCCAUGUCGGUGCAUAGAAUCGAGAGUGAUAUACCUCUUCCACCACCACCGCCACCACCUAUGCCUCCUCAGGGUGUCACGUGCGAAAUUGCGACCAUGAAGAGCACCAUGAGCGGGAUACCUCCGCCACCACCGCCACCGCCUACGCCGAUGUUGAACAUGUGCGGAGCACCACCGCCGCCGCCUCUUCCACCACCUUCGCUCGGGUCGAUUAUUGAUGGACUGAUACCGCCACCGCCACCACCGCCACCAUUACCUGGAGCGCAGAGUUCCGCAGAUGGUCCACCACCUCCACCGCCACCACCGGGGAUGCCGAUGUUGGACGGUAUACCACCCCCACCUCCGCCUCCAUUCGGAGGAUCAGGUGCAGGCCCACCACCGCCACCACCUAUGGCACCCUCGUCACUUCCGGAAAGCCCUUGUCCUUUACCCGCUCCACCGGUCGGAGGGUGGAAUCCGCCUAGCAGAGCUAUUAUGAGAAAACAACCUUUAAAUCCUGAUGUGCCUAUGAAGCCACUUUAUUGGACGAGAAUUAUAGUGCCAGUUACUGCGACUAGUCAAAGUUCCGCUACUGCAGAAUCGCCAACUCAGGUACCUUUGUGGCUAGAACUUGCGGAGGAAGAGAGCAUAAACAUGAAAGAAUUCGCCGAUUUAUUUUCACGACAGGUGAGGCAGAAGAAUCCGACCAAGAGGACCGAGGACACUUCCAAUAAAGGUCCAACCAAGAUCCAACCAGCGAAAAUAUUGGAUCCGAAACGUUCGAAGAUGGUGGGAAUUCUUGAGAAGAGUCUACACAUUGAUUUUAGCGAGAUAGAGAACGCGGCUUAUAAUUUAGACACGAGUGUCAUCAGUUUGGAGACGCUGCAGCAGAUCUACGAAAUCAAACCUACGGAAAAGGAGAUAGCAGAAAUCGCUAUGCAUGAAGCAGAGUUUCCGGAUAUUCCUAUCGAUCAACCAGAAUUAUUUCUCAAGCGCUUAGCCGGUAUAAAAAACUUCUCCGAAAGGAUAGCCUGCUUGAUGCUUCAGUCGGAAUUCCAAGACGCGAUAUCGUCGGUCUCGUAUAAAUUAAAUAACGUACGGACCACCUGCGACUUUUUGGUCAAGUCCGAGUCUUUGAGAAAAGUGAUAGCUAUUAUACUGACUCUGGGUAAUUACAUGAACGGUGGAAACAUGAUGCGUGGUCAGGCUGAUGGCUUCGGUCUAGAGAUUCUUGGCAAACUGAAAGAUGUAAAGUCCAACGUACCCGGGGUUACUUUGUUACACUAUGUUGUCAAUGCGAAAUUGGCUCAAGAAAAAGAACAUAAUAGCUUCGAUGAACCAUUAGCUUUACCCGUGCCCGAGCCUGCUGAUGUCGAAGCUGCAUCGACGAUUAAAUUUGACGAUAUUGCCAAAGAACUUGACAGAUUGGACAGAGAAUUGCAGAUAUGCGCGCAAAAGUGUAACAUUGUCGUGGAAACGGAUCCAACUACGUCCAAGAUAUUCAAGGAGAAAGUAGAUUCGUUUAUGGCGAGGGCGAAUACCGAAUUGGCGAACGAAAAAGAAGAGUUACUGGAAGCUAAAAACAAAUUCAAGGCAGUAAUGCGAUUUUAUCAGUUCAUUCCCAAAGGCGCCACACUGGAGACUGCGGAACCUUACGAUUUUUUCAACCUAUGGCUUGGUUUUUGUCGGGAUUUUAAGGAUAUCUGGAAAAAGGAACAGCAGCGAAUACGAAAGGAACGGAUGGAGGAAGCUCGUAAGAAACUCGAAAAUAAAUCCGAUGUCGUAAGAGUAAAAUUAAAUCCUCACGGCUUGAAAGCGCGAUUACAGAAAUUGGCGAGUAAGAAACAGACUCAAAGAUAGUCUUAUCAGAAUAUGCAGAAAUUUCCAAUUUCGGUUUUCUUCGCCGACGAUUUGUAUAUAAUUACACUCGAUAAAUUACGAAUUUCAUAAAUAAUUCU